AUGGGCCAGAGAAGUAGCAAAGUUCAAAUCACGGAUAAUGACCGAGCCAUAUUGCAAUUAAAGAGAUCAAAGGACGAAAUUCACAAGUUUACAAGAAAGACUGAUCAGCUUAUAACAGCAGAAAGGGCUAAACUAAAGCAGAUGAUCAAGGAGAACCCUGAGAAAUACAAGAAGGAUGUAAAAGUACGGUUCCUACUGAAACGAAUUCAUUAUCAGGAUCACUUGUUGCAGCAGGCAAUGGAGCAACUCAUUAAUUUGGAAAACCUUGUAUCAACGUUGGAGUUUAAAUUAGUAGAAAUUCAGUUUAUUAAAGGCCUAGAAAGGGGGAACGAGAUUUUGACGAAAUUGAAUAAAGAGUUCAAGAAUGUAGAUGAGCUGAUGGACAAUGUUCAGGAGCAGAUAUCCUAUCAAAACGAGAUUGAUGAUGUAUUAGCCCACAGUGUUGUAGGAGUUGACAAUUUCGAAGCCGAGUUAGACAAGGAGCUGGAGCAGCUGGAUAGAGAAAUUAAUCCACAACCUGUGGUUCAUAUGCCUUCAACUGAUAAGCUGCCCGAGUUAAAAAGUGAACCAGUGGGAAUUCCUGAAGAUUCCAGCAAAUUAGAAAAUGACAGAGCGAAUGUCGAAGAGCCUAUUAUAGCUGAAUGA